AUGGACCACAGCGAGCUUUUUAGAUAUACUUCAGGCCGGUGGCUGAUCAAUGAAGAACGCCAACUAGAGCAACGAUUUGUGAAGUUCGAUAUCCAGAGCCUUUGUCGCCAGGCUGUCUCAAUAUUCAGUAGGGCGACGAAAUGCGUCUGUAUCGUUAAGUUGGAAGGAAACUGUAACAAAGCAUUUCUCCUCACAAUGGAUGACGGUAAUGAAGUUAUCGCAAAGAUCCCAUGUGCAAAUGCGGGUACGCCCUCGCUCACGACGGCAUCCGAGGUGGCCACUCUGAAAUAUUUGCGGUCAUGUAUAUCUGCUCGGGUUCCCAAGGUAUUCGCAUGGAGCUCCGAUCCAGGGAACCCAGUUGGCGCAGAAUAUAUCAUCAUGGAGAAGGUUCCAGGGAUUGCACUCAGUGAGAGGUGGGAAACAAUGGAUAUGCUACAGCGCUACAAAAUCAUUGAUCGAAUUGUUGAAGUGGAGAAGGAACUUGGGGGGUUGAAGUUCCCUGCCUAUGGAAAUCUCUACUUGCGACAGUCCGUGCCUAAUGGAUAUUGUCAUUACCCACUUCCCUCCCAUCUCGAUCCUACCGGGUUGUUCUGCGUUGGGCCGUCCUGCAACCGAGCUAUGUGGAGUAAAGAUCUUACCGACAUGUGCAAACAUAUGCCUAAUGUUGGCCCCUGGGCUGCUUUCUUGGAAUUUGCACUAUCUAUUCCUGAACGAGAAUUGGAUAUCGUGACAGAAUCGAAAAGCGAAGUGCAGUACCAUCUCAAUCAAUUCGAUGAGACCCAAUCCGUUCAUGAAUAUUCCAACCUUUUACGGAAAGUAAGGGCGAUAAUUCCCACCAUAUCAAACCAUCCUCUUGUGAGAGAAGUCGCAGACCCCGUUCUAUGGCAUACUGAUUUGCAUUUGGGAAACAUUUUUGUUUCUCUGGACGACCCAACUAUUAUCGAGGGCAUAAUUGAUUGGCAGUCAACUCAAAUUGCUCCUCUAUUCCUACAAGCUCGAUUUCCAGAAUUUCUCAGGCCGCCAAAGGAUUACCAUCCUGGGACUGAUAUCCCCAACUUGCCAAACAACUUCGACGAGUUGGAUCCCGAACAGAAGGAUCAAGCUCGCAGGGAGCGGGUAUCAGCGUCCCAGUCUAAAUACUACGAAAUGUCUAACCUGGCAUACAAUAAACCCAUCUAUGAUGCAAUGAAACUUGACCGGAGGCUAUGGGAGCCUUUCACUUAUUGCCAGCUUUUCUCGAAUGGCAGUAUGGUCCCGCUACGUAACUCUUUGUUACGCAUUUUGCAGGACUGGGAUUCUCUUGGCCUUCCAGGCAGUUGUCCAUUCCAGUUUUCUGAAGAGGAGUUGAAAAUGCACAAUGACCAGGUGGUGUUGUAUCAAGACAUGCUUUAUUUAUGGGAUGUUGUGAAGACCCAGCUCUGCACUGAUGAUUCUGGUUGGGUCCCGAUGGAACGCUGGGAAAAAACAAACGACAUGAAUAAAAGUCUCUUUGACACGUACAUCAAAACUAUGUGCGAAGAACUGUCCCCGGAUGCAGCGUCAAAGAAUUGGCCGUUUCCGCCUAAAAGCUCUUGAGUCCCCCGCCACGAGCUUAAGAGGUUCUUCUUUGCUUAUUCAUACAAUUCCGAAAUUACGCGCUUGCCCUCCUCAGGUUGCACUUUCUCAGGGGCAUUCCUAUUCACUUGUGCCAUGGCGAGCUUCGCAUGUGGGCUUUUUCGCAGCCAAUCCUUGAGUCUCUCACUUUGUGCCUCACUGUUUACCUGCAAUAUGACAUCUUCUUCAGUACUGACUCUCUA